AUGAUCGCGCCCGUCCUUGGGGAUGUGCUGACCAAGUAUCAUUCAUGCCAAGGACGCACUUCACUGCCACGGAGAGUCUGCUCUCAGAGCUUGAGACGGAAUCGCAGGGCUUGUGUCGCACUGGUUCUGGCGGCUUAUGGGAGUGCCAGGCGGCGAGGAUGUGGCACCAAGGCCACGAUCCAGGAUGAGGUUCGGAUCGCAGCACUCGGCGCAGAUGGCCCAUCCCGGAAGGAGCUGGAGGCGGCGGCGGCGGUUGUGGCUCACAGCUUCUUCGUGGCCAUGUGCGACAACAGCUGGCCUCGGCCUUCAGAGCCCUCGAUGAAGAAGAUCCAGCAGGAGGUCUACGACGACUUGGCCACACGCUACACGCCACCCUGCGGGCCUGGCUGCCUGCUAUUGGCACUCAAAGAAGGUGCAGUGGUGGGUUGCGUGGGUUUGGAAGUCAUGCCCUUCGAGGAGCUACCGGUGUCGUCUCUGGCGCGGCUGAGCGCUGAGCGGCCCCCAAGGCAGCGCGUGGCCUACAUGUCCAACCUCUCAGUCCGGCAAGAGCAGCGGGGGCAGGGCUUGGGCCGGCGCCUAGUGCUGGAGGCGGAGUGCUGGGCCCAGCAGGUGCUGAGGGUGCGCGAGGUCAUCCUCUUAGUGAGCUCCAAGAACCACGCAGCACAGCGACUCUAUGUUAGCCUGGGCUAUCAGCUUGCUUUCAAGGAUCCAUGGGCACUUCGAGCAGUGCCAGCAGAUGAUGGAAUCAAUCGAAUCCGCGUGACCAACGUGGGCUACGUGCGAACCCUCUCCUUGGAGGCCUUGGAGGCCUUGGAGGAGCCAAAAGCCACGGAAUCUCAGGCCCGGCGCUGGGUAACAGGCACCGCCGUGGUCUGUGCUGAAGGUGCAGCGGAGGAUACGAGCACGCUGAGUUUUGAUCUUACGUCGGACUACGUUGUGGCAAUAGAGCAGGCCGCUGUGGGCCACAGCAGCAGCCUGGGCGCGCAGCUGAUGCUCUUCACGGCGAUGGGACAGACGCUUCCCAUCAGCGGGCGCCGGCAAAGGUCGCCACCCAGCCGCGUGCGCUGGGAGGUUCACAGCGGCCACCAGAUCGUGGGUCUGGAGGUGGAGUUUGGCCGAUUGGUUGGCCUGCAAACAGCAAUGGCACCUGAAGAGGCUGACCUUGAGCUGUGA